GUCUCGGUUUUUCUUUUCUGGCUGGCUGGAAGGAGAUGGCUUCACUGGAUGCCGGUGAUGCAUUCAGAGCCGGGAGUUUGCGGCGGAACAAUUCGAUUUGGAGGAGCCGAGACGACAUCUUUUCACGGUCUUCGCAGGAAGAAGAUGAUGAGGCGGCCCUGAAGUGGGCUGCUCUCGAGAAACUGCCGACCUACGACCGACUGAGGAGGGGCAUACUGACUCUAACCGAGGGAGAGCACAAAGAAAUCGACAUCCAGAGCCUUGGGGUGCAGGAGAGGAAGACAUUGCUGGAGAGACUCGUUAGAGUUGCAGAGAAGGACAACGAAAAGUUCUUGUUGAAGCUAAGGGAUCGCAUCGACAGAGUUGGAAUUGAACUUCCUACCAUUGAGGUGCGUUAUGAGAACCUCAACAUCCAAGCAGAGAUUCAUGUGGGCAACAGAGGAUUGCCGACGAUCUGGAAUUCCACCAUAAACGUACUCGAGGCUCUUGCCAAUAAAUUCCACAUAUUACCAAGCAGGAAGAGAUCAUUGCCGAUCCUUCAUGAUGCCAGUGGAAUCAUCAAGCCUCGCAGGAUGACUUUGCUCUUAGGUCCCCCGGGCUCAGGAAAGACCACAUUGUUGUUGGCCUUAGCUGGAAAGCUGGAUUCGGAUCUGAAGGUUUCAGGGAGAGUAACUUACAAUGGUCAUGGAAUGGAUGAGUUUGUUCCUCAAAGAACAGCUGCUUAUAUCGGUCAACAUGAUCUUCAUAUAGGUGAGAUGACAGUUCGUGAAACCUUAGCUUUCUCUGCAAGGUGUCAGGGAGUAGGAGCUCGUUACGAAAUGUUAGCCGAGCUAUCAAGAAGGGAGAAGGAAGCUAAUAUCAUGCCAGAUCCUGAUAUCGACGUUUUCAUGAAGGCAGCUACCACCGGCGGACAAGAAACCUCUGUUGUCACAGACUAUAUGUUGAAGAUCUUAGGAUUGGAAAUCUGUGCUGACACUAUGGUGGGAGAUGAAAUGCGGAGAGGUAUCUCUGGUGGCCAAAGGAAGCGUGUCACGACAGGCGAGAUGCUUGUCGGACCUGCAAGAGCUCUGUUCAUGGAUGAGAUAUCAACUGGUCUGGACAGCUCCACAACUUUCCAGAUAGUCAACUCACUCAGGCAGUCCACUCACACUCUUAGCGGGACAGCUCUUAUUUCCUUGCUCCAGCCUGCUCCGGAGACAUACGAACUUUUCGACGACAUUAUUCUUCUCUCUGAUGGACAAAUUGUGUAUCAAGGUCCCCGUGAACAUGUGCUCGAGUUCUUCGAGUCCAUGGGCUUCAAAUGCCCGGAAAGGAAGGGUGUUGCAGACUUCUUACAGGAGGUGACGUCGAGGAAAGACCAGCAGCAGUAUUGGGCACGCCCUGAGGAACAUUACCGGUAUGUGCCUGUCAGGGAAUUUGCAGAGGCCUUUCAGUCUUUCCAUGUUGGUCGGGCUAUAGGAAAUGAGCUUUCCAUCCCCUAUGACAAGAGCAAGAGCCACCCUGCUGCCCUAACAACAUCACAAUAUGGCGCUUGCAAGAUGGAGCUUUUGAAAGCCAACCUUGCAAGAGAACUAUUACUGAUGAAGCGAAAUUCAUUUGUCUACGUCUUCCAAGCAACUCGGGUGGUAAUCAUGGCCCUCAUCACAAUGACAACGUUCCUGCGCACGGAGAUGCAUCAUGGCUCGGUAGCUGAUGGGGGAAUCUAUUUGGGCGCACUUUUUUAUGGAUUAGUCACGAUCAUGUUUAAUGGGUUCGCGGAGCUUGCUAUGACCAUUCUGAAGCUUCCUGUCUUCUUCAGGCAAAGAGAUUUGCUCUUUUAUCCUGCAUGGUCUUAUACACUUCCAACAUGGAUUUUGAAGAUUCCGAUUACAUUUAUAGAAGUUGGAAUCUGGGUGUUCGCAACUUACUAUGUUAUCGGCUUCGAUCCAAAUGUAGGAAGGCUGUUUAAGCAGUAUUUACUGCUCUUAGCGAUCAAUCAAAUGGCAUCGGGACUUUUCCGGUUCAUUGCCGCACUGAGUAGGAAUAUGAUCGUUGCAAAUACCUUUGGAGCCUUUGCGGUGCUUGUUCUUAUGCUUCUUGGUGGGUUCAUCCUGUCGAGAGAGAAUGUGGAGAAAUGGUGGAUAUGGGGUUAUUGGAUCUCGCCCAUGAUGUACGCACAGAAUGCAAUAUCGGUGAAUGAAUUUUUAGGAAAAAGUUGGAGCCAUAUUCUUCCUGAAUCAAAAGAGUCACUAGGAGUUACCAUCUUAAAGUCUCGUGGGAUCUUUCCUGAGGCAAAAUGGUACUGGAUUGGUUUUGGUGCCUUGGUUGGAUACAUGUUUCUAUUCAAUGCUCUUUGCACUGUGGUUCUCACCUACAUCAAACCAUUUGGGAAAGCUCAACCAGGGAUACCUGAAGAGACAUUAAAAGAAAAGCAUGCAAAUUUAACUGGUGAAGUAUUAGAACCAUCAUCCACAUCCAAAAGUAAGUCUAAAACUGCCGAUAAGAUUAGGAGGAGCAGGACCUCAUCAAGAUCCAGAAAUGAAGUUCUUAAUUCAAAUCAGAACAAGAAAGGAAUGGUCCUUCCAUUUGUACCACUUUCUAUGACCUUUGAAAAUAUAAGAUACUACGUGGACAUGCCACAGGAAAUGAAAGCAGGAGGUGCGACAGAAGACCGAUUGGAACUCCUGAAGGGGGUGAGCGGGUCUUUCAGGCCAGGAGUGCUCACAGCUCUAAUGGGUGUUAGUGGAGCCGGUAAGACAACACUGAUGGAUGUGUUGGCUGGAAGAAAAACAGGUGGAUAUAUAGAGGGAAACAUUACCAUAGCCGGCUACCCGAAGAAGCAAAAAACAUUCGCUCGUGAAUCAGGAUACUGUGAACAAAAUGAUAUCCACUCUCCACAGGUGACAGUCUACGAGUCUCUUGUAUUCUCUGCAUGGCUACGAUUGCCUGCUGAGGUUUAUUCUACAACAAAAAAGAUGUUCAUUGAAGAGGUCAUGGAGCUCGUAGAGCUGACACCAUUAAGAGAUGCACUGGUUGGAUUACCUGGAGUUAAUGGGCUAUCGACUGAGCAACGGAAGAGGCUGACGAUUGCUGUGGAGCUUGUUGCUAAUCCUUCUAUAAUUUUUAUGGACGAACCAACCACCGGACUUGAUGCACGGGCUGCAGCAAUUGUUAUGAGGACUGUGAGGAACACGGUGGACACUGGGAGGACAGUUGUGUGCACCAUUCACCAACCUAGCAUCGACAUAUUUGAAGCCUUUGAUGAGCUAUUCUUGAUGAAGCAGGGAGGAGAAGAGAUAUAUGUAGGCCCACUGGGGCAACAUUCUUGUCAUCUUAUUAAUUAUUUUGAGGGAAUUGAAGGUGUCAGUAAGAUAAAAGAUGGCUAUAAUCCUGCCACAUGGAUGCUGGAAAUGACUACAUUGGUUCAAGAAGAGAUGCUAGGGGUUAAUUUCCGUGAAGUAUACAAAAAUUCCAAACUGCAUCAGAGGAACAAGAAUUUGAUAAAGGAACUGAGUACACCAUCUCCUGGUUCAAGUGAUCUUUACUUCCCAACUCGGUAUUCGCAGUCCUUCUUCACACAAUGUAUGGCCAACCUAUGGAAACAGCACUCGUCAUAUUGGAGAAAUCCUUCAUACACUGCAGUAAGGCUUGUCUUCACGACAACUAUAGCCUUACUAUUCGGGACUAUUUUCUGGAACCUUGGCACCAAAAGGAGUACGCAACAGGAUUUGUUUAAUGCAAUGGGCUCCAUGUAUGCUGCUGUUCUGUUCAUUGGAGUACAGAAUGGUUCAUCUGUUCAGCCAGUUGUGGCUGUUGAACGAACUGUAUUCUAUAGAGAGAGAGCAGCCGGAAUGUAUUCAGCCUUGCCAUAUGCAUUUGGACAAGUUGCAAUCGAAAUUCCAUACAUCUUCAUCCAGACUUUGAUAUAUGCUGUCAUAGUAUAUGCAAUGAUUGGGUUUGAAUGGACUGCAGCUAAGUUCUUCUGGUAUGUGUUCUUCAUGUACUUCACAUUACUUUACUUCACAUUUUACGGAAUGAUGGCAGUAGGCUUGACACCCAACCACAACAUUGCCGCAAUAGUUUCCUCUGCCUUCUACGUACUAUGGAAUCUUUUCUCUGGGUUUAUUAUUCCACGACCUAGGAUUCCUGUUUGGUGGAGAUGGUAUUAUUGGGCAUGCCCUGUUUCAUGGACCUUGUAUGGUUUGGUUGCUUCUCAGUUUGGAGAUGUACAGGAUAAGCUCGACAUCGGUGUGGCUGUUGAUGAUUUUGUCGAAAGCUACUUUGGAUUCAGACACAGCUUUUUGGGAGUGGUAGCAGCAGUGGUUGUCGCAUUCUCCGUGCUAUUUGCUUUCCUAUUCGGGAUCUCAAUAAAAAUGUUUAAUUUUCAGAAAAGAUGAAGAAGGUUAUCCUACAAUCGACCAUGAUGUUUUGGACAAAUACAUUCAGAUUAGCCUACCAUGUCAUGCAGACUGGAGUCGCUUGUUUUGAAAAACAUUUAGAUAAAUACUUGUAAGACUUGAUCGGCAAAGAAGUAAAAAACUCGAACAGAACGACUCUCAAUUUUUCCUGUAGCUUUGUAUUUUUUGCCAUUUGUCUGCCACAGUUUUUUU